AUGGGUGUGUCACCCCAUUAUGCCGAGACUCAUGAGACUCAUGAGACCUCUGGUGGCAGUCUGACUUUGAAGACCUCGGACCUCCGUCAUGAGCCUGCUUCAUCUUGGCGCAAUGAGCGUGCAAUGUCUGGCAGGUCUGGCACUGUGGUGGUGACCUCGGCCCGUCAGGUCGUGCCCAAAUCGCAGGGCAAGACCUUCCGCCCAGCCUCGCUGGGGGCCCAGGGCAUCUGGAGAUCGGGAGAUUUGGCGCCUGGUAUCUGUCCACCGAAGAACAUCGCCAUCGCCCGGGACGCCAAGCGACGUGCGGGUCUGGUGCAGCGAGGCCGGCGUUGGAUGGAGGCCCCAACGGAUGGCGCAAGCAUUCAAGCGAUUCGUUCCACUGGCGGAUCGCGCGGGGUCUCAGUCGAGGGUGAUGCAGGCAUUUUGGUACAGAAGCUGAAGGCAGAGGCCAAAUCUGCAGGCGGAGUCCUAUUGCCCGACUCGGCAAAACAGGAAAUCAACCAGGCGAAGGUGAUGGCGAUUGGCAUGGGGCGCAGGAACCCAAAGGGUGAGAUGAUCCCGAUGAACACCAAGGUGGGCGACACGGUGAUCAUCCCCAGGUACGGUGGCACCGAGAUCAAGCUGGGAGAUGAGGAAUUUCACAUCUACAGGGAUGAGGCAACGCAGACGAGCUACUUCACCCACUUCGGCACACUUCCAUUUCAGGGCUAUUUGGAUAGGUGCAGGGACGGAGACGGUUGCAUCGAAAAGAACUCAGACGGUUGCAUCUGGCUCGCAGAUGGACGUGUUGAAUCCGUGGUGGUGACCUUCGCCUUCCCGGUGAAUGAGGCCCUUUCGAUGAAGCGAAUGGACCGUUCGUCGCGGCACGGUGGAUCCGUGCGGUUCUUCGGGUCCGACGAAUGUCUUGUCGGCCAGACGGCCAGGCUCCCGCGGCACGUCGCCGGUGUCGCGGCACGUGGAGGGCAGGAGUGGGCGCUCCUCAUUGUGCCAGCGCUGGCCGGGAAGUUGUUUCGCGCGUCCAAGAAUGUCUACGAGCUGGAUAACACCAAGAUUGCAGGUGAGGUGGCCAAUGCGAGGAGCCCAUGGGUGGUCAUGUACUAUGCGGACUGGUGCCCUCACUGCCACCACUAUGCACCCACCUUCGAAAGGAUUGCCCAGAAGACCUCGCCUUUGCAUCAAGGGCCGGUGAGCUUCGGAGCAGUGAACUGCCCGGAUUUCAUGGCGCUUUGUACCAAGAUCCAGAUCGCGGGAUAUCCAACGGUUCGCACCUACCACUUCAAAGGUGAUGUGGGAAAUGCCCUGUCGGGAAGCCGUCCGGAUCGAAGCAUGGUCCACAAUGAGGAUCAGUUUGUAGCCUGGCUGCGGCGUAACGUGCCGGAGAAUGUGACGCAAGCUGAGGUCGUCGUUGAGGCGGUCACGAAAGGGAGUGGGCCCUCUGAUGAGCCCAGCAUGUCCUCAUCUGCGGGCAGAGGUGUGCGUGGUGCUCCACAGGUGGACGAGAUCCGCCGAGAUCCGCCGAGAUCCUCCGUCGUGCAAGAUGCUAUGCCUGCCCUCCACCUAGCAGAUGCUGAGGUGGCGGUGUUGUACUCGUUGCGUCAAGGCGCCUUUCUGCGAGGUGAGGGUGGAGUGCUAAGGGGUGCACCCUUAGUAGAACUGCUGCGUUGGCUGGAUUUCUUGGGCCGCUUCUUCCCAGGUGGCGGGCGCGAGCACUUGCGUGCCUUGGCCGAUCGCAUCCACGAGGCUGUGGCAUCAGCUGGAGACCAGCUCUUGGUGGAGACCUUCAAUGAGAUCAUGAAGACAAGGGGUCUUGAUCGAAUCCCUCCCGAGGCUGGCCUCAAGCCAGACGCCUUCUGGAGGCAUUGCCACAGCUUCACCUGCGGCCUGUGGUCGCUCUUCCACAUGCUUAGUGUGGCAGUGGCAGAGGAGGGUCCCAGUACCGAGAUUGCUGGAGUCGCCGGCCAGGAGCUGUUGGUACGCGUCCGUGGCUUCGUGGACCACUUCUUCGGCUGCAGCUACUGCCGGGAACACUUCCUGGAGGCCUUUGACAGCUGUAAGCUGGACCGCUGUGUGGUGGAACCCGAGGACAUCUCCGGUGCGGUCCUGUGGCUUUGGAAGAUGCACAACGACGUGACCUUGCGAGUCGCCAAGGAAGAUGGCCGUAAGAUCCCAGACCCAUGGCCUCCCAGUGAGGACUGCUUGGAGUGCUGGAACUGCCAAACUUGCUGGACCAAAGGAUCCAGGAGCGUGGAAGACUUCAACUCCGCCGCCGUGUUGACUCACCUCCGUCAAGAGUUUUGGAGUGAUGAGUGGCACCAAAAGCGACAUUGGUUGUCAGGCGACUGGACUGCACAUGGUGCAGUUCCCUUGGCCCUGGUGUCAGCCUUCCUUUUGGCUUUUGCAGCCUUCAAGCUGCUGAGUCGACAUCUGGACGGACCGGACGAUGGGCACCGCGGCAAAGAUGUGAAGGAUAGCUGA